UCCAAUGCUGGUGGUAGAAAAACAGUUCAAAGGAUUUUGACAGCAUGCGUGGUCUCCCUCUGCAGCCUCCUUGGGGCCAUUUCUUUUGAUUUGAGCAACAGCUUGGAAAUGUGGAAAGACACAGGCAAAGCCCUUGAGGAGCUUUCCUCCUGUGAGAAGCUUUGGGCUGCUCACCUCAUCUCUGUCCUGCAGGAGGAGAGGCACAGCUGGCUGCUCCCGGGGGCAGAUCAUCCCAUCCCAGCAAGGAACACAUCAUCCCAUCCUCACCUUUUGGGCAAUUUAAACUCCCUCUGCAUGGCAAGUGAAGCACAGCUGUACUGUGAGGAUUGCCAGUGCAAGGAGGAGAAAAUCUCCAUCUGUAGGUUUUACACAGCUGACCUGAGACACAAAUUGAAUAUAUCAGGGUUUGCUGAGGCCAGGCAGGUGCUGUCCAGAGCCAUCUCUCAGCUGCUGGAGCGUUUCAGGAGCCCCCAUGAGGAUGUCCAAGCCAUGAGACACAAUCCUGACUGGGCAGACACGGUGGCUUUCAAACUCUUGCUCCAAAUCAGAGAAGUUGUGCUCAAAUCUCAGCCAGUGCCAGCCCCUGUGAGCCUCCAAACCACUCUGCAUCAGCAUUUUGCCACUCUGAGCUAUGCUCUCUUCUCCUCAGAGACUGCACGUAAGUGCUGGACAGACAAUGUCAAUCUGUCCCUGCAUUUCACCCAUUUUGAAGGAAUCCCUUCCUUUAGCCCAUUCCUGGGUGAUUUUGUGUCCCUGGAAGCCACGGCGAGGGGAUUGCAUCACGCACAGAGCUGUGUGCUGCAGGAGGGGCAGGGAAAGCUGCUCAGGAAAUCCAGGGAAAUCCUGUCCACAACCAGCCUCAAGAUCACUCUGCUGGUGGUUGCCUGCCUCAUUUACCCCACUGUGCUGGUGUCCUUCAAGCAGAUGACAGAUUGGAUCCACAAUUAUGCCAGGAACCUCAAGGAAAAGACAGAAGAUUUGAAAAGGGAGAGGCGCCUGGCUGAGGACCUCCUGCACCAGAUGCUGCCAAAGUCUGUGGCCAAGCAGCUCAGGAAAUGCCAAAAAGUUGAGGCAGAAAACUAUGAUCAGGUGACCAUCUUUUUCUCUGACAUCGUGGGCUUCACAAGCAUUGCUGCCUCCUGUACUCCCCUGCAAGUGGUGGAGAUGCUCAACAACCUCUACGUCUGCUUUGACACCAGGAUUGAGUCUUAUGAUGUGUACAAGGUGGAAACCAUUGGGGAUGCCUACAUGGUGGUGAGUGGCCUGCCAGAGAGGAAUGGCAGCAGGCACGCCGACGAGAUCGCCAAGAUGUCCCUGGACCUGGUGGCAGCUGUGAGGCAGGUGGUGAUCCCUCACAUGCCACAGGGCAGGCUGGAGCUCACGGCUGGGAUCCACACAGGAGCCUGUGUGGCUGGAGUGGUGGGGUACAAGAUGCCUCGUUACUGCCUCUUUGGGGACACUGUGAACACGGCCUCGCGCAUGGAAUCCACCAGCCUGCCACAGAAGAUCCACAUCAGUUCUGCUACGUACGAAGCCCUUCUCACAGAUGAUGCCUAUGAAAUUGAGCUGAGAGGAGAAAUUGAAGUCAAGGGCAAAGGGAAAAUGAAAACCUACUGGCUCCUUGGGAACAAGAACUACAGUGUUCAAAAUGACAGCCUGGUGUGCCACUGGAACCCAGCAAUCCCCAGGAAAAAACAGAUGGGAAGCAGCCAGGGAUCUGUCCAACAAGUAAGGAGGAGAACAUCUGGCUGGGGGAGAUUCCUGGAGAACAAAGCACUCACUGCAGGCUGGGGAUGUGGAAAUUGGAUAUUUGCCUGGAAGGAGGGGGCUCUGCUGUGUGUAAAACAGCUGUAA